AUGGAGAAGGCGCUGGCGGUGCCCGGGCUGCCACCGCACGACCCGGGGACGCCGGCGCUGUCGGUGGUGGACAUGCACACGGGCGGCGAGCCCCUGCGCAUCGUGCUGGCGGGGUGUCCGGAAGUCGUCGGCCCCACGCUGCUGGCCAAGCGGCGCUACAUGCGCCAGCGCCUUGACCACCUGCGACGACGGCUCAUGUUCGAGCCUCGGGGCCACCGGGAUAUGUACGGGGCUGUGUUGGUGCCUAGCGAAUUGCCGGACGCGCACCUGGGCGUCCUGUUCCUGCACAACGAGGGCUACAGCUCCAUGUGCGGCCACGCAGUGCUGGCGCUGGGCCGCUUCGCCCUCGACUUCGGGCUGGUACCCGCACCCCCGGCCGGCGCCCGCGAGGUCCGUGUCAACAUCCACUGCCCGUGCGGGUUGGUGGCCGCUUUCGUGGAAUGCGAGGGCGGCCGCAGUCGCGGCCCGGUGCGCUUCCACAGCGUCCCGGCCUUCGCGCUGGCCACAGAUCUCUUAGUGGAUGUUCCUGGUCGUGGAAAGAUGGUGGUAGACAUUGCAUAUGGUGGGGCAUUUUAUGCAUUUGUUAGUGCCGAAAAAUUAGGACUUGACGUUUGUUCUGCAAAGACAAGGGACCUUGUGGAUGCAGCAAGUGCAGUGACGGAAGCCGUCAAAGCUCAGUUUAAAAUCAAUCAUCCUGAGAGUGAAGACCUUUCCUUUCUGUACGGAACUAUAUUAACAGAUGGAAAAGACCCUUACAGCGAGGAACCAACCACCAACAUCUGCGUGUUUGCAGAUGAACAGGUUGACAGAAGUCCUACUGGAUCGGGCGUGACGGCCCGAAUUGCCUUACAGUAUCACAAAGGGCUUCUAGAACUGAACCAGACCAGAGCUUUUAAAAGCAGUGCAACUGGCUCAGUAUUCACGGGGAAGGCUGUGAGGGAAGCAAAAUGUGGGGAUUUUAAAGCUGUUAUAGUGGAAGUGUCUGGACAAGCCCAUUACACAGGCACAGCAAGUUUCACAGUAGAAGAUGACGACCCACUGAAGGAUGGAUUCCUUCUCAAGUGACUUCAAUACUUUUCAGAGCUUUCUCUGAAUUUUGUGGAAAAUGAUACCCAAAUUGUACGACUAUCUUUCUUUCUAAAAUAGUAUGCUAUGACUAAAUAUAAUCAUUAUACCUCAUAUUUGCACAUGUAAUUGGCAUCAAUGUCACCUAUGUCUAACUUACAAAAUGCUGCAAAUUCAGAAUAUUUUUCUAGUUUUUACCAUAUCAGGUAAAAGUAAUACCUUAGUCCCGUUACUUUUAAAAUGUUACUCUAUGCUAGUUACUGUAGUAUUUUGUUUUAGAUGCUCUUUGAACGAUAGCUUGAAUUGUAGCCCUCACAGCAAUGACUCUUACAAGUUCAUUAUUUUAGUCUUCCAGUUUUUGAGUAAGAUAAUGUUUCUCUCUGAGCAGGAUGUAAGGGAGAUGGAUUCAACCCUUAGCACACUUGGCCUGGGAAGGACUGGGGUGGGUCAACUUCUUGGGACAGACGUUGUUAUGGCUGCAGCCAGGUGUUCUCUGCUGCGAAGUCCAGCUCGUACUCCAAGGUACUGAAGUGCCCUGAGCUGAUGUGAGAAGACCAGUGAAUAUUCAGACUUCUGUUAUAUCUUGAAGGCUCUUAUAAAAGGGGUUGUUUACUGCAUUAUAAACACAGUGCAAAUCAGUGAAUUACUGCAGUAGGGUGAGUCUCCUACACGACCGACUACAUGCCAGGUAGAUUUGAAGCCUGAAAGAAAUGUUAACUGUUACUUCUUGCUAGUUAAUUGUGAACCUGUUAAAAAUAAAAUUUGAUCAGGGUGCCUGGGUGGCUCAGUUGGUUAAGUAGCCGAUUCUUGGUUUCGGUUCAGGUCAUGAUCUCAGGGUCGUGAGACUGGGCCCUGC